UUGCAUGUCAACAACAGAGUGCGGAUACAUAACCACGAAAGGAGUGGUGUGUUGGCUGUGGCUGCGUUGAGACUGGGUGAGAUGAUGGAGCUGAUGGAGGCGACGGUGGAGGCGUUGAAGGCGAUGGUUCCCCUGCAGGCCAGUGGGUGGCCUGUGUCUGUGGCUCUGCUCCUGCUCUUCCUGGGCCUCCUCUACUGGUAUUCUAUCUAUCCAUACUCGGUUCUGGAGCGUUGUGGAGUGCCACACCCGAAACCCAUGCCAUUCUUUGGGAACAUAAUGCUGUUCCGCCAGGGCUUUCUGGACCCUCUCAAGAACCUGAUCGACACGUAUGGACGAGUUUGUGGAUAUUACCUAGGCAGGAGGCCUGUUAUUGUGGUUGCCGAUCCAGACAUGCUGAGGCAGGUGAUGGUCAAGGAUUUCAGCAUGUUCCCUAACAGGAUGAGAGUGCGCUUCUCCAGUAAGCCGAUGAGUGAUUGUCUCCUCAUGCUGACCGAUGACCAGUGGAAGAGAGUGCGCAGCAUCCUCACCCCCUCCUUCAGCGCUGCCAAGAUGAAAGAGAUGGUGCCAUUGAUCAACACAUGUACUGAGACAUUACUCACCAACCUUGAAGGACAUGCAGAAAGUGGGCAGACGUUUGACAUCCACAAGUGUUUUGGCUGCUUCACCAUGGAUGUGAUAGCCAGCGUGGCCUUCGGGCUGCAGGUGGACUCCCAGAAUGACCCCAACGACCCAUUUGUGUAUCACGCCCAGAAGUUCUUCUCCUUCUCCUUCUUCCGGCCAAUCGUGUUUGUGUUCAUCAUGUUUCCCUUCAUGUUCCCCCUGAUGCGGUUCCUGCCCAAUAAGAAUCGUGAUGACAUGAACUCAUUCUUCAUCAGCUGCAUCCAGAAAAUGAUCCAGCAACGAGAUGAGCUACCGCCCGACCAGCGACGCCGCGACUUCCUGCAACUAAUGCUCGACUCGCGGACCUCCAAGGAGGCUGUGUCGAUCGAGCACUUCGACGUCGUCAACCAAGCAGACGAGGCCGCCCCCUCUACACCCACGCACACACACUCCGCCGCACAACACACGCUCAACGGCUCGACGGCCCAGGAGUCGCCCAAGCGGUCCCCCGCACCGGCCGCGGCCCAAGGGGCAGCGCAGAAGCGCGUGAUGACGGAGGACGAGAUCGUGGGCCAGGCCUUCAUCUUCCUCCUGGCAGGCUACGAGACCAGCAGCAACACGCUGGCCUUCACCUGCUAUCUGCUGGCCACACACCCGGACAGCCAGCGGAGACUGCAGCACGAGGUGGACGACUUCUUCACCAAACACGACACUCCAGACUAUAAUAACGUUCAGGAGCUGAAGUACAUGGAUAUGGUGGUAGCAGAGGCCCUCAGGAUGUACCCUCCAGGCUUUAGGUAUGCGAGGACUGUGGAGGAGGACUGCAUGGUGAAUGGACAGCUCCUGCCUAAAGGAGCAACGCUGGAGAUUCCAGCAGCAUACAUGCACUAUGACCCCGAGCACUGGCCUGAACCAGACAAAUUCAUCCCAGAGAGGUUUACGGCCGAGGCGAAGGCGAGCCGCCACCCCUUUGUGUACAUCCCCUUUGGGGCGGGCCCUCGUAGCUGCGUGGGCAUGCGAUUGGCUCAGCUGGAGAUGAAGAUGGCGCUGACUCUCAUAAUGCAGCGUUUCACUGUGGAGGCCUGCAGUGAGACCAAGGUACCACUGGAGUUAAAGUCCCAAAGCACUCUGGGGCCUAAGAACGGCAUCUUGGUCAAAAUCAGCAAAAGGGCCACCUCACAUGGGACCACACAGGAAUGACUGGAGAGACACAGGACUGUCUAGAUUAAUGUAGUACUACACUAAUUGAUUUACUCAUUUACAUUUGAUUUGUAUGUUUUUCCAAUUGACAGUUGAUUUUUUUUAAUUUUUUGUUUUAAAUGAACUGAAGCCAGAAUAUAAGUUGUUAAUGAGAUGGGAAUGCAGAAGCGCCUAUUACUUUCUGCUUUGGUUACAAAAGUAACUCAUCUAGGUCACUAGGGGGAGCUCUGUGGAAGAUGUACUGUAUGUUGUGAAAGAAGGGAAUAUGGUAUUAUGAAUAAUAUCUGAAGAACUCGAGUGGUUAGCAGGACCUGUAACUGCUUGAGCUCACACACGCACACACACACACACACACACACACACACACACACACACACACACACACACACACACACUGGUGCAAUUACUCUGACACUAGUUUGGAGUUGAACAUGGUUUUAAACUCCAACUCCAGUUUAAAACUGUGUUAAACUCCAAACCAGCGACAGAGCAAAUUGCCCCACUGUGUCUGACAGAGGGCUCUGGAACAACAUCUGGGUCAGAGGUUUGGGUGAGGUCCAUAAGCAGUGAGACACCAACCUGAUAUUCCACUUCAUGUGCUGUGAACAAAGAUAACCUCACCCUCAGACACGGCCAUGUUGGGCCAUUGAGCCACAGAGAAAUGCCUCAGCAACUCAGAUUUCUCAGAGAUGGCGCUUUAACAGAUAAAGAUAAACUGAACCGCAAAGGUGCGCUAUUAGCACUAUAGCUCAGUAUUUGUACUAGGCAGCUCCACAAGAGAGCGAACUUAAGGUCAUCAUUUCUCCUCUCCUUGAUUUAUCGCCCGAGACUUGAAUGUACAUAGUUACUGAUAAGAGUGUGACAUGAUGUGAAUUUUACUGAAUAAUGCUGUGAUGGACUCACAAAAUGCACAAUGUACUGUGAGAGUUAUCACAGCUGAAGGAAUGAGAAUUCGUACGAGUGACGAGAUGGAACGGGGGCGUAAAUGAUUCUCUGACAUGUAAACUAUAUUGUUGAAAGCAAUCCUUCACAAUGUGAAGUGUAAAUCAUAGACUGCAAUAAAUAGACUGCUCAUU